ACCUGGUUACAGUCCACCUCUCUCCAGGAUCUAAUCGCUGCUGUUUAACUUUCUAAUCCACCUCAUAUUUUACGCAGCAGACGUCAGAGGAUGACAUGGUGUGGGUUCACUGUACUCCAGAGUAAUCCGAGCAAGAGAUUUCCAUCAAAUACUGCUCAGCACGAAAUAACCAUUAAACAAAAACGGCCUUAUCACCCUCUUGCAGGUAGUCUCUUUAAUUAACUGCGCUGUGCUGCUCUCCAACUCCUCCUCCACUCCGCUGGAACUGGAAACUCGCGGGGCUUUAAGACCCAGCAGAGGUGCAAUAGUGAACAUCUGUCGCCUCGGUCUCCACAGUAUGAGUUGCGCCUGGUGCUCCGGUCUGAAGACAUAGAGGCAGCAGCAGCAGCAGCAGGCUGACAGGCUGUGGACCGGAGUGGAUCCGGGAUGCGAGCAGACGCCGCCGGACGAUGAGAGAAAGUGGAGUCAGACGCACUGAGCCGCAGCGAUAAGACCGCAAAAUGAAGACACCUAUGGUAAAGCGCCAUGGGAUAGCCGUGCUCCUCGUGCUCCUCCUGUGCGCCAGCUUGUUCCUCGUGUACAACGGCAGCUUCAACGGUGCUUCCAGGGACACUAACGACACGCGCAUCCGACAGCAUGAACAGCUGCGGCGGCGGCCCACUGAAGCCCCCGUCAGGGUGGCCAAGCCUCACCCCCCGGUCCUCCAGGGAUACAGUGGCAUCAUCGACCAUAAGCCUCCCAGGAUGCACUGCCAGACCUGCUCCCUGGUGACCAGCUCAGGUCACCUCAUCGGAGGCGGUCAGGGUGAAGAGAUCGACCGGGCCGAGUGCGUCAUCCGCAUGAACGACGCCCCCACCGCCAGAGGUUACGCCCGAGACGUGGGCCGCCGCACCUCUCUGCGUGUCAUUGCUCACUCCAGCAUGCAGAGGGUCCUGCGGAGUCGCCACGAGCUGCUCAACGCCAGCCAGGACACGGUGUUCAUCUUCUGGGGCCCCAGCAGCUACAUGAGGCGCGACGGGAAGGGCCUGGUGUACAACAACCUGAGGCUGAUGAACCAGGUGCUGCCCAAACUCAAAGUGUACAUCAUCUCCUGGCAGAAGAUGCUGCAGUUCGACGAGCUCUUCAAGAAGGAGACCGGCAAGGACAGAAGGAUAUCAAACUCCUGGCUUAGCACCGGCUGGUUCACAAUGACCAUCGCCCUGGAGCUGUGCGAUAGGAUCAAUGUCUACGGCAUGGUUGCCCCCGACUUCUGCAGGGAGCCUCAGCACCACUCCGUCCCUUACCACUACUACGAGCCACGUGGUCCGGAUGAGUGCGCCAUGUACAUCUCUCAUGAGCGUGGGCGGCGGGGCAGCCAUCACCGCUUCAUCACAGAGAAGAAGGUCUUCGCUAACUGGGCACGGACUUUUGACAUCCACUUCUACCAGCCGGACUGGAGCCCCCCGCCUCUCCCAGCCAACCGGACGCUGGAGGGGACGGCCACGGCGGCGCCCCUGGUACCCCAGAACACGUGACCUGUGUUUGGGGGUGAAGAAAAAUGCUUUAGAGAUUCAUCUACGAAAGACUUGAGGACGGGGAACAUUUGCAUUCAGGGCUGCUGGACCCUUAUUAACAGAGAGGAUAAAACAUGAAGCAGGCGAGAAAAAUAGUGAACCACAGAUGAAGACCGAGUCUUGUUGAUCCUGCUGGACAUUUGUUAUGAACAUUUCUCCAGCUCCACCACAGCAUCUCCAGCAGUGUACUCUUGUUUACUGAGCUGAACCAGUUCAAAGUUGUACAUCCCCUUGUACAACCUUGUAAAGUGAGUUUAUACAAGGAGGCAACAUCAUUACACACUCCACUCUCAAUGCAUGCAUGCAGUGUCUUACUGUGGAUUGUCUUUGUAUGGUUGUGUGUGUGUGUGUGUGUGUGUGUGUGUGUAUGCGCUGUAUGUUUACCUGAGGGAUCACAGAGGAUACACACUUCAGUUUGGGCUCCCAACAAAGCCUCUGUUGGAUGAAGGAUCUACGCAGGAUUCACUGAAAGAAAAACACCAUUACAAUGCCUGUAAUCUAACAAUGUAGUGCUGGAGACAGUGUGAGGUGAAUACUAAUAAUAAUGUAGUUAAAUUUGGCCAUUAGAAGUGUGAAUCAUCACUUUUCAGAUUUAUAUUCAUCUGCAGUUUUCAGAGAUCGAGGAGGUCAAGUUGGACGAGAUUCUUUGAGAUUCCUGUGUCGUGCAACAAAGAAUCAAACUCCUUAAAAGCCGUAAUGAAUCACUUCCCUUACUUUCAUUUUUUACUGCCUCUCAGAUGUGUGCAUUGUAAGCUCACUAAAGUGUCACCCAAGUCAAACUUUGCAAUGCAGCGCUUCUUGACUGAGUGACGUGAAGUGUGUAACAUUAAUUGGGAGGCUUUAUCUCACGCGUGCGCGCCUCCCCGGCCCCCGUGCGUAUGUAUCGUAAGGCUUUGACGGCUCCUGUCACCACUUAAUAGCGCAAUUUAUAUAGCUACAAGCCGGAUUUCCAUGUAAAUGCACAGCCAUGUCACGCAAGACAAGUGGGAGAUUAAAAUCGAGAGCAGGGAUGCAGCAGCGCCAUCCAUCCAACUAUACUGUAUUCAUCUGCUGCCUGAAUCGCCUCGCAGGAGAAUUACACCGCUUUUUUGUUAAACUGAUGAGUAUGUGAUCUGUCAGUCUUCUCCCCCCUCGCUCUUUAUUGUGUUUUAUGUGCACUCACCUCUCUUUUGAUGGAGAAUAUGCUGCUUGUAGACUGCCCCCUUCCUCUCUCUCUGAGAGUUUCCAUUUUCCCUUCCGUGAAUAAGAAUCAGGUGUGGGUAUGGAGAAAGACGUGUGGUUAUCUUAAUGAUACAUCCUGGUGCUAAGUCCCUAUUGAUUUUGCCCUCAUCUCUGUAAUGUGAGUAAUGACAGGAGGUAUGCUGUGGGUCAGAUACAUAGAUGCUCACACCACCAGGACGUGUUUCACAUCACGUUUUCCUCGGCGGAGACGAGGCGAGAUAACCUUUCAUAUACAUCACAAACAGCUGCAGGAGUGGUGCUACUUGUACUGAGAGUCCUGCUGCUGACUUUGUGCUGUAGCAAAGACCAAGAUGUGUGUUUGUUUUUCUCAAGACUCAAAUGUGAAUGGCUGUGCACAACGGCCUGUUCUAGCAAAGUGAUAAGCACCUGAAUAUUUUGUUUUUUUGCCUAAUUAACUGAGUCAUAGAAUGUCGUUUCCGCAACUACCGGCUAUUUUCAUUUUAGAUUAAUUGUCAAGUCUUUAAAUAGUGGAAAAAUGCCAAUCACAAGUUCCCAGAGCCCAAGGUGACAUUUUCAGAUUGCUUGUUUUGUACAAACAGUCCAAAACUGGCAGUGAUAUAAAACAGGGAAAAGCAGCAAAUCCUCACAUUUGACAAGGUGAAAGCAGUAGAAUAUUUGAAAUGUUUGCAUUAUGAAUAAUUAAACAAAUAGUUUAAUAUUUUGGGAAAUCUGAUUAUUCCCUUUCUUGCAGAGAUUUAGAUGAAAGGUUGAAUGUCUGUACAGUAGAAAUGUAGCUGGACUCACCAGCCAGUUAGCUUAGAUGUGUGUGUUUCAAGUGUUUCAAGUAAACAUUGAAAAGUAAAAAAAAAAUUAUUUGUUGUUCUACCAGGGGACUAUUUAUUGAUUCCAAGAAGUUCCUGGUCCCAAACAAGAAAUAUUACAGCACAAAACCCCCCAUAAAAUGUUAAAUUGACAUUUUGACACUUACUGUAGGGAUAAAACAAAUAAAUGAUGUAUUAAUUAGUCAGCUUUAAAGGCACUGCUAGGUGGAUUUUUCUAACUGUGGACAGUUGUGGAAUGUAUCAAGUACAUUUACUCAAGUACUGUGGUAAAGCACAAUUUUGACAUACUUGUACUUUACUUGAAUAUUUCCAUUUUAUGCGACUUUCUGUUUUAACUCCACUACAUCUCAGAAGGAAAUAUUGUACUUUACUGCACUACAUUUAUUUGAUAUUUCUAUCUUAUAUCUAUAUAACAAAUAUUAUCUAAAAUUGGCUCCACAUUGUCGAACCACAACGUUAAAAUGCUCUUAUAUGUAUUUGCUAAUGAUAGAAACAGAAUAUCAUAUUCUAACACCUUGAAAUGAGUCAUUCUGCAGAGUGACAUUUGAGUGACAGUUACGUACAUUUCGCCGAUAAUGUGUCUGUACUUUUACAUAAGUAACAUCUUGAAUUCUUUUUUUGACUCACUUGUAGUAGAAUAUUUUUAGACUUACUUCUUAGACUUACAUAAGUAAAGGAUCUGAGUACUUCUUCCACCACUCCCUUUGAACAGGCAGGAGCUAGCCGUUUCCUGUCUUUAUGCUAAGCUCACCAGCUGCUAACUCCAACCACAUAAUUAACUGUAAAGACAUGACAGUAGUAUCAAUUUGAACAUCUAACUCUAAGCAAGAAAGCGCUUUUCCCAAAAUAUCAAAUUAUUCCUUUAAACGAUUAAUCAAUUAUCAAUUUUUGCUAAUUAAUUUUCUGUUGGACUGAUUGACUAAUCAUUUCAUCACUGAUGUUGUUAACCUGUUUUCAUUUUGCACAUGAUGGAGAUGUAUCAUUCCAUUUAAUAAAAUCAUUUUUAUCAGUA